GGAUAGGACAGUCACUGCGGGCUCCCUGAGUUGUGUGGUGCUCCUGGACCGCUUUUUGUCAUCCACUUGUUAGUUUUUUCCUAAACGCCUUUGACCAUGUCUGAUGAGGAAGAAGUCUACUCCGAAGAGGAGGAGGAGGAAGAGGAAGUUGUAGAAACAAAGACUACAACAACAACAACCACCAAAGUCGAGGAAGGAGCUGGCGAUCCAGAAUUCAUCAAACGUCAAGAUCAAAAAAGAUCCGACUUAGAUGAACAACUUCGCGAGUACAUCACGGAAUGGCGCAAACAACGUGCCAAGGAAGAAGAAGAACUCAAGAAGUUGAAGGAGAAACAAGCCAAGCGUAAAAUCAGUCGUGCCGAGGAAGAGAGAAAGAUGGCUGAAAGGAAGAAGCAAGAAGAGGAACGCCGUAUCCGCGAAAUUGAAGAGAAGAAACAACGUGAUAUUGAAGAAAAGAGACAACGGUUGGAAGAAGCCGAGAAGAAACGUCAAGCUAUGAUGCAAGCCCUGAAAGAUCAAAAUAAGAACAAAGGACCCAACUUCACCAUCACCAAACGUGAUCCUUCCUCGAACUUGAGCGCGGCGCAACUUGAAAGGAACAAGACCAAGGAACAAUUGGAAGAAGAAAAGAAAAUUUCUCUGUCCAUUCGUAUCAAGCCUUUGGUUCUUGAUGGUCUCAGUGUUGAUAAACUCCGGGAAAAAGCUCAAGAAUUGUGGGAUUGCAUCGUUAAACUGGAAACUGAAAAAUAUGAUUUGGAAGAAAGGCAGAAACGUCAGGACUAUGAUCUUAAAGAAUUGAAAGAAAGACAAAAGCAGCAACUCAGGCACAAGGCCUUGAAGAAGGGCUUGGACCCCGAGGCUCUCACUGGCAAAUACCCUCCUAAGAUCCAAGUAGCUUCCAAAUAUGAGCGUCGUGUCGACACCAGAUCGUACGACGACAAGAAAAAAUUGUUUGAAGGUGGUUUUGAUCACCUAAAUAUGGAACUUUUGGAAAAAGUUUGGAAAGAGAAAGUCGGCGAGUUCGAAAGCCGGUCGAGAACUAAACUUCCCAAAUGGUUCGGUGAAAGACCCGGCAAAAAGAAGGGCGAUCCUGAAACACCUGAAGGUGAAGAAGAAGGCAAACAUGCUGCUGAUGACGAUGAAGACAUCAAGGAGCCUGUGUUUGAACCCGAACCCGAAGAGGAGGAAGAAGAAGAGGAGGUUGAAGUAGAAGAAGAGGAAGAGGACGACGAGGAGGAAGAAGAAGAAUAAACCACCAACGCUUUUUCCCUGAUGGUACUUUUUAUCUUAUUUUAUUUUCGUUUCCAACAAAUUUAUUUGUAAUUAAUAAACUGUAUUUGUAAUCAAAUAAACAUCGUUACAGAAAGAGAAAAAUCAAAA